GGGAGCCGCUCUUGAAUUUUCUCUUCUUUCCAGGUGUUGUUAUAAGAGCCUCAAAAAGCCCUGAAAUGCAGCCACGUUGAAUCAGAACGUGGUCGAGUCAAUGCAAACGCGUCGGUUUCUCGACUACUACAGGCAACGUGGACUAUGCACAAUGCGUAUCGUUUCUUCCUCCUCAAUUUGAAACCAUAUCUUCCAGUUCAUUAAAGCAAACCUCCAUUAAAAAUGCAACCCAGCUUGAGCAACCCCGUCUAAGACAAAGAUGAGGAACGGUUUGGUUUUGAGUCUUCUUGUAGUUAGUUCACUGGCGAUGGCUGCUGCCGUUGGAAGGGACGAUGUUAUAUUGAAAGAAGGCCAUAGGGUCAUAGUUGUUGAAUAUGACCAAGAUGGCAAACAUAAAACCAAAGUCUCAAUCUCAUCCCCGUCGCUGCACCAGCAAACAGACCAAGGGGAAUAUUUUGGCAAGGAAACUAUGAAAGAUGCCGCAUCUGCGCUUCCCAACGUUGGCCAUGGCAUUUCACAAGGAAAAUCUGGCUCCGGACGACAUUCACCUGGGGAACUUAUCUGCGAUGCUUUCGGGAAAUGUACUCAGAGGGUCGCCACUGCCCUUGGUAAAACCAAAGAUAAGGUCUCAGACACCGCACAUGAAGCUAACAAGCUUAAACAAGCAGCUUCAGGGACCGCACAUGAAGCCAAAGAGAAGGUUAAAGACAAGGCGUGGGAAACCGCGCAGGAGGUUAGAGAGAAGGUUUCAGAGACUGCACACGAAACCAGAGACAAGGUCGCAGAUACAAAGGGAGCUAUCGGCGAUGCUUUAGGCAAAGCAAAAGGGGCAGUUUUGCAAAAGGGCCAAGAUGUUAAAGAAAGGGCUAAAGAGUCCAUUGAUAAGGCCAAGGAGGCGGUGACAACAGCGAAAGACACGGCCAAGACGAUGGGGGCUGAUAUAGUGACAAAUACAUCAGAGCAAGUGGAGAACGUUCAGGAAAAGGCCAUGGAAGAAGCAGGCCGAGCUUCGAACAAGGUUAAAACUAGUGCAAACAAGUUUCUUGAUGGUUUGAAGAACAUGACUUCAAUGGAGGCAUUGAAUACAGUGAUGGGUAUAGCGAACUUACUUGGAUUAGCUACAGCAUAUGGGAUGAGUGUGUGGGUUACGUUCAUUUCCAGCUAUAUCCUGGCAGGACAGCUACCAAGACUGCAGUUUGGGGUGGUGCAGAGCAAGAUAUACCCUGUUUACUUCAGGGCAAUGGCUUAUAGCAUAGGGAUGGCUUUGUUGGGGCACUUAUUGUGGCACAGGAAAAGAUCGAUCUCGAGCCCGCCAGAGGUGUUUCAAGCUAUUAAUCUUUUGUCAACCCUUUUCAUGGUUUUGGUCAAUGGACUGUAUUUGGAGCCUAAAGCCACAAAGGUGAUGUUUGAGAGGAUGAAAAUGGAGAAGGAAGAAGGGAGAGGAAGACAUGACUUUGUGGCGGAGGGAAGCAGGGUCACUGAGUCACCAAGUGUUGCAGAUCCAGUAGCUAAAAAUAGCAGGAAAGGCCCCUCAACGGCACCGGCACCAGCACCGGCACCAGCACCAGCACCAGCAGUAGCACCCACUAGUUCAGAACAGGAAGUGAUAAAGCGCACAAUGGGUAGGCUGAAUGAGAGGCUGAAGAAGCUAAAUACAAACUCAUCAAUGCUUAAUAUUCUCACUUUAAUGGCUCUCACCUGGCAUCUUGUUUACCUCGGCCAACGCCUAACCUUAAACUGUUGAUGAGAUGGAUGCUAUAGAUACUUCCACUUCUGUCUUGUAACAUAAUUACUUGAUCCUGUGUAAAUAUCUAGUCUAGGACAGUUUGGUUUUGCAACACUUGUUUCUCUGUACUGCGAAGUAAAUGUUUUUAUACUUUUUAGUAAAAUUUUCAGUUCACAA